AUGAGUAUACGAGCUUAUGCAGUAGUGGAAAGAUUGCUAGCGCAUGCGCCUGUACCACUCCCAUCAAGUGUCUUCGAGCAGCCAAUGACAGCCGCUGUUUCGCUUGAGGACGGAGACAUGAUUAAUAUGAUGAUGGCUGUCUUGAGUCGAUACAGGCGUAUGGGAUUCAAAAGGAGUAAAGUGCUCAGGUCGGACUCUACAUACGGCCUACUCGAACCCAUACAAAAGGCGAUAGAUAAAGAAUGUCCUGAGAUACUGGAACUGGUACUUGGUCAUCUACGCGACUAUAUGAAGCUUCCUGAUAAGACCCACUUUCGCAAAUGGAUAAAUCAGGCUGUUAAACUUAAACACAACAAGGCCCUCAUAUCUCUUCUCCAAGCCGCGCCCGCGUCAAGCCCCAUCCGUAUCAACUCCAAGGUCUUCGAGCUAGGCUGCAGAACCGGCGACUCCGCUAUCGUCAACACACUUCUCACAUUCGGACGCAUACAGCUGGAUUCCGACAACACUUCGGUAUCAACACUGGCGAUUGCCAUAAGACUCGGCCAUAUCCCGGUCAUCCGCACUGUGAUCGAAGCUGGUGCAGAUAUUAAUAUGGCUAUGGGCACUCAUCGGCUCAAAUCCAAGGCUCGCACUACCGUCACACCUAUAGAGUACGCAAUUCACCUCAAGAAAUACGACGCGGUAGCCUACCUGAUCGAGUGCGGAGCGAGUGUUCCUCCAGUCGAUACCUGGCCACCUUCUCGAAAGAUGCAAAAGGUCCUUCAGAACGCUGUGAACAAGAAAGGCGCGACAGCUAAGUGA